UUUCUCUCUCUCUCUCUCUCAUUUUCUUGCUCCUUCCCUCUCUUGCUCCCUCCUCCCCCCUCCCAAUAUCUGUCAGCACCGAGCACAGUCAGAGGGAGAGCGGAGAUGGCGGUGGCCGAGACGCAGCUGUAUGCAAAGGUGGCCAACAAGCACAGGAGCAAAAGCCCCUCUGUACUCCUCGAGUCUCUGCUGGCCAAAGGAUUCCCAGCUCACAUCGCGCAAAAAGCCUUGGCUGCUACUGGUCAAAAGACAAUAGAAGAAGCUGCAAAAUGGUUGCACUCUCACUGCAAUGAUCCCUCUCUGGAUGACCCAAUCCCUCAGGAGUACGCUCUUUACUUGUGUCCCACCGGCUGCUUCUAUAACCGCCUGCAGGAGUUUUGGAAGGAGAGCAAACGCCAGUGCGGGAAGAACAGAGCACAUGAGAUUUUCCCUCACAUCACUCUCUGCGACUUCUUCACGUGCGAAGACCAGAAAGUGGAGUUACUGUACGACAUCUUAAGGCAAAUCGUCAACAACUUUUCACAAAAAUUUCCACAAACUAUUUCCCUAUCACUACAUUCAUCCACCAGCUACCUUGGUUUCUUUAUCAGCGACAGCCACGCAAAUAUCCUCAAAGAGAUUGCUGUGGCCUUCUCUUCAGAGGCUUCAGCCCUGGCAGAUUGCCAUGUGAAGCCCUGCCUAAAGCAGCUCCACCUUACCUUGGCUCACAAGUUCUGUCCUCACCACCAGAAGACUUUGGAGCAACUAGCCAAAUGCAUUAACCCAGGGGAGACCUGCCAGUGGGUAGCAGCUCUCUAUUCAAGAGACAUGCGUUUUGUGCAUUACCAGACACUGAGGGCCCUCUUCCAGUACAAGCCCCAGAACAUCGACGAGCUCAUGAUGAACGCCGGGGACUUCAUCUACGUUGAUCCAACACAGCAGUCUGAUGUCAGCGAAGGCUGGGUCAUUGGGACCUCGCACCGGACUGGCUGCAGGGGUUUUCUUCCCGAAAACUACACAGAGAGAGCCAAUGAGUCAGACACGUGGGUUAAGCACAGAGAAUAUGCUUUCAUACCAGGUUCAAAAUUUGUGACCCAAUCAGCAAAUGAACCUAAUGUAAAGCUGAAUGGAGAAGUCCAUAAUCCUGUUACAUCAAGGAGUGUAACCAAUAUUCUUUCACUUCAGCUUUCUCAGAAUGCUACUCUGCGAAGAGGUGUGUUGGUGAUGCGCCACGGGGAAAGAGUUGAUCAGGUCUUUGGGAAAUCUUGGCUUCAACAGUGCUUAACUGCAGAUGGAAAAUACUACAGAGCAGACCUCAACUUUCCUCCCACCCUACCAAAACGGAAAGACAGCAUGAAGCAUUUUGAGCAAGAUCCUCCUUUAUCUUGCUGUGGUAUUUUCCAGUCAAGACUUAUAGGGGAAGCUCUGCUGGACCAGGAGGUGGCAGUCAGCUAUGUCUACUCGUCACCUGCCCUCCGCUGUGUACAGACAGCCCAUCUUGUGCUUCAAGGGCUUAAAUUAGACCAAAAAGUCAAAAUCAGAGUGGAACCAGGACUAUUUGAAUGGACCAAGUGGGAAGCAAACAAAGCAAUUCCCAACUUCAUGACUCUAACAGAACUGACAGAGGCCUCCUACAAAAUAGAUACAAGUUACAGAAGCAACAUACCACUCUCUUCUCUGGUACCAUCAGAAAGUUAUGAAGACUAUGUAAGCAGAAGUUCUGCAGCUAUAAAACAGAUCGUCACUGCUUGCCCCAACAAAGGUGUCAUCCUCAUCGUGGGCCAUGGCUCCUCCUUGGCAUCUUUCACCCGGCCUCUCAUAGGGCUCCCUGCCAAGGACAGCAGCGACUUUGCCCAGGUGGUCCGAAAGAUCCCUUCACUGGGCAUGUGUUUCUGUGAAGAGCUCAAAGAGGGGAACAAAUGGCAGAUGGUUAACCCUCCAGUGAAGACAUUAACUCAUGGAGCAAAUGCAGCAUUCAACUGGAGAAAUGGUAUCGUGGAAGACUAGAAAGCCAGCUCUGUCGUAGCAGCUGUCAAAAAUGAGGUGGAGACAGCUUCUGGUUCAGCACAGUCCGUCAGUUCAUCCAGAAAAGUUACAAUGGGUGGAAAUUGCCCUCUCUAAGUAGUCAAAGCACAGAAAACAUUUCCGAGUUUGGUGCCGAAAUUUUGCUUUUGCUUCUGUGACUGAGAAAAGGAACCACAGAACUGGCAUACAAGAGAGCAGUGAUUCUUCUGGUGGUGAUGAAAUUACUUUUUAGCCUUUUUUGAAGGUACCAUGUGCAACAUUUGACACAUACAGAACUACCUGGUUAUAAAAUCUAUUGGUAAAGGCACUAAAGUAGACAUUGUUGCAUUUUCUGAGACCAAAACACAGCCAGUCAGAAUUGCUUUUGUUAUUUGGAUAUUUUCAGACAAGCAGAGAAAUUGGGACCAAAUAAAAGCCAUCACCUACCCGAAGAGAUCAUCUCUACCUAAAGCCACUUGGUUUCCUGUUGACUCCUCCAGUUCUGCAAGAGCACAGAAGGAGGAGACAUACCAUAGUGACAAUUUAUUUACCUCUGCUACAAAGGAGGUUCAUUUUCUUCCACAACAGCUCCCCUACUCAGUGAUUCCACAGUGAUCCAUACUGCAAAAGGGACUACAAGAUUUCCUGUGGAGAAAACUGAACUGAUUGCUUUAUCGUUGCUGGGGCAAAGAAGGAUGCCCUGCAUCACUGUACUGGUGACAAAACCUUGACGUGAGCAACUCUAAUUUCUGAACGCUUCCUGAGAUGGCACUUGCAGGACAAGAGCUUUGCUUUGUGCUGUUCUGUGCCAAAUUAUAUAAAUGGUGACACAGCUGCCAAACCGGUCGUCUGACAGGUCUCUGUAGCUCUUCUCUUGGAUGUUAGUUUGCUUAAGGUAGUGUAGCCCCAAAAAUUUAUGCACAAACAGGAACACGUCUUGCCACAGAGUCAGGUUUCCUUUCUAAAUGAUCGUUUUGGGUAACUACCUCUGGGAAAGCACAAAUGUUUCUUUCAAAGGGAGGAGAAAAAUGGAGGUUUCACUUUCUCUCUUAGCGUGACCCAAAAAAAACAGCCUCAUUAUCAUUCUUUUUCUCCCUGCACCUUCUUGACACCUCUUUGCCUGUGUGCCUUUAGCCUGAGAGCAUGCAGCAAAGCCCACCCAGCAUGUAGGCUGUGGGGUGUCUAACAAGCACCUUUAUCUCCUGUCUCAGUCCUGCACCUGAAAUGUUCUGUUUUCACUUCCCAGAUCUGGCAAGGAAGCUUGGACUCCUGCUUUUCUAACAGCAGGGGGUAUGACAGGGGAGUGGGGGUGGCAUGGAGCAAGGACCUGGCCCUGGGCAUGUUGCUCCCUGGAGCUUCCAGCUCUAUUUCAACUGAGGCAUCUGCUCCCACCUUGCAGUGCUCCCUUGGGGCCUUCCUCUCUGUAACUAAUUGCUGCUUUUGGUGUGACUUGCUCUGAUUUCACCAAAUGGUUGCAAGUCAUAGGACAAAUGCCACUGGAGGAGGUGCAAGACCAGAGCUACUGCCACAGACUGAAGCCCCAACAUGAGGGAUGGGUCCUGGAACUCUGACUGGGGCACAUGUGGCACCAGGUGUGUGAGGGCAUUAGUGUAGGUUUCUGGGUCAAGCUUUUGCUAGAAAUACAGCCUCUGGGUGGGGACUUGGCUCUGUUUGAACAGAUGGGAGCGGCUGCACGUUUUAUAGUUCAUGCUACUGUCAUCCCUCACCUCUGACAAGUUCCCUUUUGUCCGCAAAGAGAUAACUGAAGGACUGUAUCCUGUAUCUCAGGCUUAAACCUGUUUGCUUUUGGCCUUUCCAGCUGCUCUAACCCAGGGACAAUCCCUCCUCCCUGCGGAAGAAGAAAUGCAAGUAGAUCACAGGCAGUGUCUUUCUUCUCCCGUGGGACAAGUGCCUGUGCAUUGUGUAAGGGGAGAGGCCUUGCACUUGGUGGCCUGGCCACCAUUGCUGGUCAGAGCCAAAUAAGAGCCCGGGUGAGGAUAGGGACAGGCAGGACUGACAGCGGAGCUCUCAGUUCACAUGGCAAGGGAGAAGCCUUGCUGCUGAAAUGACACCUGGUGAGAGCAGGGCAUGAUGGCAUGCUGCCCACCCAGGGACAGAGCCAGGAACAGCAGAUCAGAGAGGUGGGUGAGAGCUGCACCCUGCUUGGACACGAUGUGCCUGCUUGCUGGGUACACAAUGGCAUGAGGAACUUUCCCUUUCUUCUUAGAAAUAAGCUUUUUUUUUAUUAUUUUUGUGUAAUACCUCAGACAUUAAUCCUCAACUGAACUGCAGAUGACAUUCUCGUUAAGAAUCUGUGUCUUCCUUCAAAAUGAUAAAAUAAAACACAGAACACCUCUCCCUUCA